CUCUCUCUCUCUCUCUCUCUCUCUCUCUCUCUCUACUUUUAUAUGUAUGAUCACCAAACAUCAUACCUCUCUUACUAAUUAGCUAGCAUAUGGCGCUUGGCGUGCUGGUAAACCUGGCGCUAUGUCUCCUAUGCUCGAGCGUGGAGCUCAUCACCGUACUGCUCCUCCGCAGCCUCGCCUUCCUCCUCGUUGCCGUCGUGCAGCUCAUCAGGCUGCCGGGUCAGGCCGGCAGCGCGACGAUCGAGGCGACCAAGGGCGCGAUCGACGCGGCGGCGGAGUUCGCCUUUGGCGUCGUCCGUGACGUGGCCACGGCCGUAGUCUCGGGGUUCUUCGAGUUCCUGUGGAGCGUGGUCACCGGCGCCGCGGAACUCGCGGCCUCGGCUGUGACGGAGCUCCUGGAAGCGGCGCGGGACGGCGGCGAGGAGGCUGCCAAGGCCCUCGCGGCGGCGCUGGAGGGCGCGGCGGAGGCAGCUGUCGGGAUGGUGGCGAAGCUUGUGGAGAGUUACGUGGGUGCGCUUGGGCUAGUCGUGGACAACCUCAACUGAUACAUAUGCAAUUGACAUGCAUGCAUGCAUGCAUGCCUCAUGUGUGUGUUCUUUAUAGUUCAUAGGUAGACGCAGAAAUGACGCCCUUUUCUUUUGACCAAUUGCCUCGUCGAGCUAUUCAGGUAGAUCCGUAGAUGGCGUUGGACGAGAGGGAACUGGUAUGAGAAUUUUGGGUGUAUAUAUAUGUAGGUCAAAUUUGAACUAAACCCGAAGGAUUUGGAUGCCAAUCACACCGCUGUUUAUAUUAUCCAAA